AUGAAAGUUCGAUUCCUCGUUUGUUCGUCUAUCGCCAAAUUGACCAUGUCAUCUGCAUUAUAUCUGUUAAGACAUGUACAAAGAAAUGGUUUAAAGAAUUCAUUAUCUUCAACAACUUCAUUGUCAUCAACUUCAUCAUCCACCUCUUCUUCUUCAACUAUCUUGAGAGAAUAUAGUAAUAAAAGAAGAAACUUAAAUAAUGAAAUUAAAAAGAAAUAUAAUCAAAGUGAACCUCUCAUUAGUGUAGAGGAAGAUUAUGAUGAUAUCGAAGAUGAUAAUAAAGAUAAUACCAAUGUCCAACAACAAAAACAAAAAGACAAGUUAUCAACUAUCAUGUCAAUGGUUACAUCACCUGAAACUACAAUCAAAAAUCAAGAAAAGAGAGCAAUCGAACAACAACAACAACAACAACAACAACAACAACAACAACAACAACAACAACAACAACGAUCGACAGAAACUUUAUUUGAUGAUACUUUAUUUAUGUUUGGAAACACUAGUAAUAAUGUGGAAAAAGAAAGAAGAAUAUCAUUCUCAAAGGUUAAAGGAAUGGAUCGUCAAAUAACAGAAAGAACAAAAGAGAUUAGAUCAUCGGUUGAGAGAGUUGCAAACAGUAGAAAGUAUACAAAGUUGUCAUACUUUUCAAGUCACGAUGAUAUCGUAAUGAGAAGAUUACAUUUAAAAGAAGAUGCAAGAUUGGAAAGACAAGAACAAGUAGAUCGACUAAAUGAAGAGGCUCAUGGAUGGACACUACAACCAUCAUUCUAUGGCAAUAGAGUUAAUCUAUUUAGUCAAGAGGAAAGAGAAACUAUUGAAUUAUUAUUGUUAAAUGAAAAACAAAAACAACAAAGAGAAACAGAAGAACAACUUGAAACUACUACCAACACUGCCGCUGACAAACAACUUUUAGAAAAUGAUGAAUUAUCAUUUUUGUUUGGUGUAAUGGAAUCAUCAACAUCAUCAUCCUCUUCCACAACAAAAACUACUUCAUCAUCAACAUCAUCAUCAUCUCCUUCACAAUCUUUAGAAGAAUUAAAUAUUCCAUCUUUCCAAGUUGGAAAAACUAUUGAAUUUAUUCAUACUGAUGAAAAGGUAUAUGUUGGUAUCAUUAAAGGUGGAAAGACAAGUAAAUAUCUUCAAGUAGAAUAUAUCCAACCAAAAGAAGGAGGUGAACCAUCAAUUGGUACAUGUAGUGUUCAUAAACGUGAUGUUGUUGGUGUGUGGCCAGAUUAUCUUGGUUUCCCAUCAAUCAAACAAUUGGCAGACACUGAAUACAAUUAUCAAAAAAAGUAUCGUUAUUAUUAUUUUAAUUCAAUUCCAUAUAAUUCACAUAUUUUUAAAUUAUAUCGUAUAUUUAGAAGAAAUGAAUUAAGAUUUACAACAAAUGAUGCAGCAAGAAUUUGUCAUGGUAAUACAGGUGCGGAUCAAUUAAAAGUAUUGGAAAUGUAUAGUACAUUUAAAUUAUUGAGUCAAGAUGCAUCUGUUACCUAUGACCGAGUACGUGGUGGAUAUAAAAUGGUUGAACUACCAACAGAUCUAUUACCUCUAUUUGCACAAUCUGUAGAGAAUAUUAAACGUCUCAAACAAGAGGCACAAGAAAAAGGUGAGAGUUUUGACCCGACCGAUCACCUCCAACCAGGUGAUUUACCUUAUCUCACCAUCCUCUACAACUUUUUAAUUUCAACUAUACCAACACAAUCAUAUGUCAACUUUGAUAUAAUGGUUUAUAUCCUCCGGUCAUUGCAAGAUAUCGAAGAGAUUCCAUUACCAGUCGAAAUGAUAACCAAAGAAAAGGUUAAAGAUAUUCUAACUAGUAUGGGAUUUGUACUACACAAAGUAUUCAAUCCAUGGACUACAGAGGAUUUGUUCCUACUUCAAACGCCACAAUCACUCGAACGAAUCGAUAAUAUUUUACAAAACCCUCAAAAGUAUCCAGACCCAUUCAAGGGAACAAGACAAGAUUUCCAUUUACCAGCUAUCGCCAUCGAUCCAGAGACAUCAAUGGGUAUUGAUGAUGCAUUCUCGGCUGAACAAGUACAAAUCGGCUCCACCAAAUAUAUCAAUCUUUAUAUUCAUACAACCGAUGUUUCUAGAUGGAUCUUGCCAGGAACAAGUGAAACCAACCAAACACUUCCAAGUCUUGUAUCAAAUCCAAUGUUCAAGGUAUUCCAAAUCGUUGGACGUACAUGUUACUUGCCAUCAGGAUCUCUUCACAUGUUCCCAUCGGAUUUCAUACAAAAGUGUUCUCUCAGACCAUCAUCGCCAGAAUCUGAAAAGAAAUUCAACGGUGACUACAACAAUGCAUUUACCUUGCAACUUCGAUUCAGUUUGGUCAAUGACAACAAACCAAACCCAACACCUCAAUUUAUUUCAAUCGUACCAACUGCUCUCAAGAAUGUUGUCUCUUUGAAAAAUCAUCAAGUUGGUGUUCAGUUGCGUCAAAUUAUGUCAUCCUCCGCUGAUCAGCAGGGUUUAUCCUCCUCUUCAAAAAUGAUAGAAUUAAUGCAUUCAAUUGCAGAUGCUAGAUUAAAUACAAGAGAUAUGAAGGAUUUUGCAAGAACCAACAAAUCACAAGGAAAGAUUGUACUCAGACAAGGAGAGAUUAAGGAAAUGUCAAUCGUCAAGACUGAUCCAUCCUAUGACUCGGCUAAAAAUGAUUCAGAGACAAUGCGAAUGGUCAGUGCUCUACUUUCAUACGCCGAUGAACAUUAUAGUAAUGUGUUUGUCGAUAGACAGAUACCAGGAUUUUGGAAGACAGGUUUGGAGGUGUCUGGGGCAAAGAUUGGAGAGAAGAUCUCGUACAUUACAUCGACCACACCCAUUCGUUCCUUUAUCCAUCUCUUUUCACAAUGUCAGUUGGCCAAGUCAUUACUAGAAAAUGACAAGUGUAUCUCUACCUACCAGUUUAAUACAUUUGCUCCAUUCUCUGCCGUCACCAAUGACAUUUCAACAAAGUUUCAACAGUCUACCGAACAAUACUAUCGUAUCAAACAAGCCGACACUCUCUUCAACUCGUCGAUCGAUAAAUUAGAGGGCCAAUUAUUGUCACUACUCAACCAGUCGAAAAGAAUUCCAAACCCCCAACUACCACGUCCCUAUAAACCACAACCAAGCCAAUACAAACACUUGCUCAUGGGUACCGUUGUUUAUGUCUUGUCUGAUAAAACCAAAUUCCACAUUCGAUUGGAUGCCAUCAACUAUACCCAUCGAGAAUGUCCACUCAACAACCAAGAUCGUCAACGAUACGCCAAUCUCAAAGCAGGUGACAAGAUUGGUGUGUUUGUAAGCGUCAAUCAAAAACAAAGAACAUUGGUUAUCGACCAUCGAUUAAAUGACUAUCUCGAUCUCCCACACAGAUCAUUUAAUAUGAACCAUCUAUCAAAUCAAUCAUUGUCCCAAUACAUCAAUCAUAUUCAAUUGACAAAGAGUCCAAAUAAUAAUAAUACUAAUGACGAUCAAGAUAAACCAAAGAAAAAGAAAAAUGACAAAAAAGAGGGAAAAGAACUUUUAAUUUUGAAUUAUACAAAUAUUAAUAAUUAUCAAUCAUUUAAAUUUUAUCAAUAA